UGCCAAUUGCAGAAAGGACAAACCCAUUUGCCCCCAAGGCACAUUUGAUUUUACUCUUCCCCUCCUUGUACGAAGCUUCUCUCUUCUCUCUCUCAAGCAUCUCUCCCAUCAAGCUCACCCCCUUCAUCUUCCUAGCUACCCGAUCCGAUCCGAUCCGAUCCUCUCCAGCUAUACCCCUCAAGAUCAAUCAAAGAACCAUAUGAUGCAUGAUGGCUGCAGGCUAGCUGGAUAAGAUUCAUUCCCAUUUAGUUCUUCAGCUGCAUGCAUACAUGCACUAUCUGCCCUAGAUAAAACUUCCCCCUCAGAUCCACCCAAAUAAAUUCCUAGAUCUUGUGCUAGAGCAACCCAAUUUAUCCCAUUUACAUGGACCUGAGCUUAGGCACACUGGUAGAAGCGACUCAAGAAGUCCAAGAAGAACGUCAGCAAGAAGACCAGUACGAGGAUGAAGAAGAUCACUUGCACCAACACCAAGUUGGACGCCAAGGUCGGCACCACCACGAAGGCGAUGGCGUGGCAGUGGCCGGAGGUGUCCUGGAGCGGGAGCACAUGUUCGACAAGGUGCUGACACCGAGCGACGUCGGCAAGCUCAACCGGCUGGUCGUGCCGAAGCAGCACGCCGAGCGGUUCUUCCCCGCGGCGGUCAGCGAGGGUACGCAGCUGUGCUUCGAGGACCGCGCCGGCACGCCGUGGCAGUUCCGGUUCUCCUACUGGGGGAGCAGCCAGAGCUACGUCAUGACCAAGGGCUGGAGCCGCUUCGUCCGCGCCGCGCGCCUCGCCGCGGGGGACACCGUAUCCUUCUCCCGCACGCGCGCCGGCGGCCGCUACUUCAUCGACUACCGCCACUGCCAGCGCCGCCGCCGUGACAUCAGUUUCAGAGACGCCGCCGCCAUGCCGGCGUGGCAGCUCCUCGGCGGGGUGCAAAGAACCGCGGCGGGCGGCGGCGUUGGCGCGACGAUCACGAUCGUGGACGCGGUGACCGUACCCGGUCAUCACGUCGAGGUGGGACCCCCGAGGGCGAGGAGCUUCAGGCUCUUUGGGGUAAAUGUCGAGUACGGCGGCGACGACCCGGCGGCAUAAGAGGAGUACAUCGACGGUGACAGUCAUAGUCCAUAGGUAGAGCUCGCAAUUCUAGCUACACAGUGGAAGCCUGACUAGUCAUAAGUUUCCUUGUUUGAUUCAUAUUGGGAUGAUUAUUCUAGGUAAUUGCAUGAAUUAAUGGUGAUUAAUUAGUUUCUUCUUGCUCUUGUUCUUUGGUUCCUUGUUCUUGUUCUUGUUUAACUACGCAGUGCGAUUGAUUACAACCAAGAGGGUAAUUGACUGUAAUUGAGUUUAGUUGAGUAGAUCUACAGCUGGCUUGCUGUGAGUUUAUGAAGAAAGGAUCAUAAGUCUCUGAAUCACGAUUGAUUAUA